CUCGAAUCCUUAUCAGUUAUUGGCACGCCGCGGAGCUACUUGGUCCAGUGGAGGGAUUUUCAGUAAAAGCAUCACAAAGACUGAACCACAAGUGAUAAAAGCGGUAACUAGGUUUCAGUAACUCUACUCUCGAAAUCAUGGCUGGCACUGGAGGUCCGGUCGCGACGUUCUCCGUCUGGGACUACGUGGUCUUUGCCGGGUUGAUUUUGUUUGCGGCUGGCAUUGGAUUAUUCCAAGCCAUCCGUGGACGCAAGGACACCAGCAGUAGCGAGUUUCUGUUGGGUGGCCGACAGAUGACAGCGGUACCUGUGGCUUUAUCUCUCACGGCUAGUUUUAUGUCAGGGAUCACUGUUAUUGGUACGCCUGCAGAGGCUUAUUUGUUCGGGACACCGUUCUGGCUCUUUGUAUUCUCUUAUUCGAUUAUGUCCACUAUCAGUGCUGAAAUCUUUGUGCCGUUGUUUUAUCGCCUGAACAUCACCAGCACCUAUGAGUACUUGGAAAUGCGUUACAACAAGCUCAUCCAAGUCAUCGGAACAAGCAUGUACAUUGCUCAAACUGCUUUAUACACAGGCAUGGUCAUUUAUGCACCUGCACUCGCCCUUAAUCAAAUCACUGGUUUAGAUCUGUGGGGAGUGUUAGUGGCGACGGGGGUUGUUUGCAUCAUCUACUGCACCCUGGGAGGACUAAAGGCCGUAAUAUGGACAGAUGUAUUCCAGAUGGUCAUUAUGUUGGCUGGGUUUGUGGCUGUCAUUGCUCGUGGUGCGGUUCUACAGGGUGGACUUGGGAAAAUCUGGAAUGAUAGUUACCACGGUGGACGUUUGGAGACAUUCAGUUUUGAUCCUGAUCCUUUGAGGCGUCACUCAUUUUGGACAAUUGUUGUCGGCGGCAGUCUGAUGUGGACAUCAAUGUACGCCAUCAACCAGUCACAAGUGCAGCGCUACAUCUCCUGUCGGACAAUAACUCAUGCCAAACUAUCUCUGUAUGUGAACAUGGUGGGGUUAUGGGUCACGGUGAGUUUGGCCAUGCUUUCUGGUCUCACAAUGUACUCCAUCUAUAAGGACUGCGAUCCAUUCACUAAUAAAGACGUGGGAGCCACGGAUCAGCUACUACCUUAUCUGGUGAUGGACAUACUCGCAGAUUUCCCAGGAUUGCCUGGUUUGUUUGUGGCUGCGGCGUACAGCGGGACCUUGAGCACAGUGUCAUCCAGUAUCAACGCUCUGGUGGCAGUCACGACCGAGGACUUUUUGAAACCUUUAUUGCCCCAGUUGACAGAGAGACAGCUGUCCUGGAUCAACAUGGGCAUGAGUGUUUUCUAUGGAGCUGUAUGCAUUGGUAUGGCAGGUGUGGCCUCCUUAAUGGGCAAUAUACUGCAGGCAGCCCUGUCUAUAUUUGGUAUGAUCAGUGGCCCCCUCUUGGGUCUAUAUCUGCUUGGCAUGUUCUUCCGCUGUGCGAAUUCCACAGGAGGUUUCGUUGGUUUGAUUUCUGGCUUGGUUAUGACUUUAUGGGUGGGAAUCGGAGCUCAGCUGUACCCUCCAUUACAAGAGAAGACCCUCCGCCUUCCUCUGAGUGUGGAAGGCUGUGUUGUGAAUCAGACCACCACCGUUACACCGUUACCUACAGUCCUACAAAACACAACCCAAGCGCCAAGACCAGAUUUGGCAGAUAACUGGUAUUCUCUGUCCUACCUGUACUUCUGCCCAGUAGGCAUACUGGUGACUAUGAUCGUAGGACUUACAGUUAGUGCAAUCACAGGUGGCUGUAAACAGAAGAAACUUCGACCUGAGUUAUUUAUCAGCAAGUCUGAUCUUAUUUGCUUUAGAUGCUGUGGUGAAGACACAGAGAUAUCCAAGCCAGACCUUAUUGAAAAAGAGCCUAACUACAUGCAGGGACUGGACAGUCCAGUUUUCUGUGACAAUGAAAUUGCACUGAAAGAGAAAGACAUGGAGAAGAUCACGCGGAUGUGACGAACCUCAUUUGUGAUGAUGUUGUAAAUAAUAAAUAACUGUAUUUUUUAUACGUUUAAAUGAAUGGACUAAUAUAAUGAAAACCUUUCAGAAAGUUGUAUGCGUGCUUCUCAGGUACAUUUUACUGUAUGAAAUGUUCUUAAGCCGUAACAAAAUGAUUUACAUAAUUACAAUGGUCAUUAAAAAAAAAUAAACAGCAAUGUUGAGUAAUAAAUGUUUGUAUAUUAAAUUUUGUAUUAAAUUAAAUAAAAUUUGACAUAUUA